AUGGCAAAUUUGGCAAAGCUUGAGUUUGUGGCAUUAGACAUCACGGGCAAAAAUUAUUUAUCAUGGAUACUUGAUGCUAAAAUCCAUCUGGAAGCUAAUGCCCUUGGUGAUACAAUUAAAGAUGGUAAUGAUGCAUCCAAUCAGGACAAAGCAAAAUCAAUGAUUUUCUUUCGACACCACCUUCACGAGGGACUAAAAGCAGAAUAUUUAACGGUAAAGGAUCUCCUUGUCCUUUGGAAUAGCCUAAAAGAGAGCUCCCAGUUGAAAUUAUGUGGGGAAAAAGACGCUGAUGAGGAAAUGUUGGAAAAGACUUUUUCUACUUUUCAUGCAUCGCAUUUUCUCCUGCAACAGCAAUAUCGCGAAAAGGGUUUUAAGAAAUAUUCUGAAUUGAUUUCUUGUCUUCUUGUGACUGAACAAAAUAAUGAGCUCCUGAUGAAAAAUCAUGAAACACGUCCAACUGAUUCUGCUCCGUUCCCUGAAGUGAAUGUGACUACGUAUCAGCAUCAUAAUCAAACACAAGGUCAUGGCCAUGGUCGUGGCCCCGUGGGCGCGGACGUGGUCGAGGUUGUUCAGGUGGUUUUGAUAAUCGUGGUGGUUAUUUCAAAAAUCCAUCUCGCCACUUAA